CCAGCGUUCGGUGGGCGGAGCCACGGUGGCCGCGAGGCGCGCACGACCCGGUCUGUCUACCCGCUGCGUCAGUCACGCCGUGGAGCCACUCGGCGUUCAACAACCCGCUGCGAAUACCCCGACCGACCGACCGUGGACGUGCGCGCCCGCACUCGAGUGAAAUAUAAUACCGACGACGACCAGUGUGCGAUAAUUUUUUUAAAUUUUUCAUUUGUUUUUAAUUUUUUCCUAUUGAUAAUUUUUAUUGGUUUUCUCGUUUACUUACGUGUGCCCGAUUCUUCGCGAGUGAUGCCGCCGUGCCGCUGAGACCGACGUCGUAAAUAAUUGUAUCUCUUGUCGCCGCGUCGAUAUGCGAUCCGCCCGUGUACCCACUAUUAUAUAAUAUUGUUAGGUAUAUUAUUAUUAUACAUUCGUGAUUGUGUCUUAUCGCCGUAUCAUCAUCCGUACAUCGCGACCUUCGCCUAAAUAACACCCCGAUACCGGUAUUAUUGUACUAUUAUAUAUCAUUCGGGAAGCAUUGUAUCGUCAUAAUAUAUAACAUCCGAGGGUGUGACGCGUAAAUGACGACCGCGUUAUGUUAAACCCGUUUAUGGAAAACGCACCUCUGGUCAACGGCAUGGGCGUCAAGGUCGAGGAAGACUAUAUGGCCGCGUCCCAGGACCACUAUCAUCAGAUGCAUUACGGGCAGCAGCAGGCACCGCCACCACCACCGCCGCCACCGCCUCCUCCGCCGUCGGCGCACCAUCCGGGCUACCCGGGUCCGAGGGACUUUUUGCACAUCCGCCGUGACGUGGCCGACUACCACCACCACGGCCAUCACCACCAUCAUCACCAUCACCAGCACGGCGGAGAUCAUCACAUGAGCGGCCUGUACCCAGGGGCCGUGCACCACGACUUGCAGCUGCACCACGGACAGGGGUACCCGCCGCCGCCGCACCAGCCGUCGCUGCAGCCAUCCGCGUCCGUACACCGGCACAACGAUUACGGCGGCCAAGACCCGUACGGCUGCGGGGGCGGUCACCCGGCCGGCGCGUUUUACCGGUAUACGAGACACGGCCCGGUGGCGGCCGCCACGCUCAAAGACAUGUCGUGCCUGUGGAUUGACAAGCCCGGGCCGCCGAUGCGCACGUGUGGCAAGAUGUUCGGGUCCAUGCAGGACAUCGUGUCGCACAUAACUGUCGAACAUGUCGGUGGGCCCGAGUGCACGACGCAUGCGUGUUUUUGGCACGGGUGCGAGCGCAAGGGCCGGCCGUUCAAGGCCAAGUACAAGCUGGUCAACCACAUCAGGGUGCACACCGGUGAAAAACCGUUUCCGUGCCCGUUCCAGGGGUGUGGCAAAGUGUUCGCCCGGUCAGAGAAUCUUAAAAUCCACAAACGCACUCACACAGGCGAGAAACCGUUCAAAUGCGAGUACGAAGGAUGCGACCGUAGGUUCGCCAACAGUUCGGACAGGAAAAAGCACUCGCACGUACACACGUCGGACAAGCCGUACAACUGUAGGAUAUCUGGCUGCGACAAGUCGUACACUCAUCCCAGUUCCCUCAGGAAACACAUGAAAGUGCACGGUAACGGCAAGAUGGACAGCGACGGCAACUACGAUUCGGAAGACUCCAACUGCUCGUCCGGUGGUUCGAUCAGGGUGACCGACAGUUGCACAACUGCGACGCCCAGCAUCGUGUCGCCCGUGGAUCACCAUCACGGAGCGCAGACGCCGUCUGUCCUACACCCGACGGCACUGCCACUUCCCACACCGCCAACGUCCGAUUGGUACAUGAACACCGGACCUGGCGCGCCGUCCAUUCAACCAUCGUCCGUCGACCACGGUCACCACUAUCUGACCGACCUAAAUCACCAUCACCAUCACCAUCACCCGCACCACCACACGUCACUGAUGGCACAUCACCAUCACGGCACCGCGGCUUAUUGAAACAAAUCCCCCGCUUCGUAUUACAACACCGCCGCUGCCACCGCCGCCACUUCCGAAUGGAGGUAGCACACCGCCACCGCCGUCGUCACCGGUGAUGACGAUUGCAACGGUCGUUGGUGAUCAUAGCAGUGGCGAGUACAUUCUCGCCUCGACGACAUGACACACACCUAUAAAUAUAAUGUACAAAAUAUAAUAUAAUAAUAUAAUUAUAUUAGUUGUCAUACUAUUAAGUAUAUUAUUAUAUUAUAUAUUUUGCGGAUAAAGGAGCAUUUCGUUUUGUAUUUAUCUGACGACCGAUCAUCGUAAAAAUUUGAUAAUGCCAUUCAAUCAUUGUGCAGCGCGUUUGGAUGUAUUAUCGUUUAUUAUAAUAUUAUUAGAAAUAAUAUGUAAUAUAUUAAAUUGUUUUUAGUUUUAACAUCAGCUCUCUAUCGUUUUCCAUUACGAUAUGAAGUGGGGGCCACCUGUGAUUUAUAUUAUUAGUAUUUAAUUUUUUUUUUUUUUUAGUGUAAUUAUUAUCGACGGGUUAUUUAAAUUUUUUUUUUAAUUUAAAGGUUCUCGUGUAUACUUGAUGACGUUAACGAUACUACAGAUGGUUUUUUUUUAAAUUGCAUAUAAUAGUAUCGUAUACAACUGAACCCCUCUGUUACUGUGCCUUUAAAUUAAAUAUUUAAAAAUUAUGAUUUUUUUUAAAUAUCAACAUUAUAACAUGUAUACCUAAAUGUUAUUGCAUAUUAUAAUGUACUUGUAAUAUUAUAUUGUAACCAUCCAAUCAAAAAAGAAAAGAAAAAAACUUCCAUUCACUUACAGGUACACUAUAUUUGUACAAUCUUGUAUUACUAAAGAAUUUAACUCUGAAAGAGUAUGUUAGGCCAACAUACACAUUCGGUUUAACAUAGUAAAUUGUAUUAUAUUAGUGUAUCAAAGGCCUAUAUUGUAAAAAGAAUAUUUAUAUAUACGUAUAUAUUAUACAAAUAAAAAUUUUAAGUGAUAUGAAAAUAAAUUUUAUUUGUGUUUUAAAAA